CAGUGUAUUUCUCUCUACCUGCAUAGAUCACAAUAGGUAUUCCCACAACUUGUUUUCUUUGCAAAUUCUAAUCCAGAAGCGGUUGUGGCUCUGUGAAAUCAUUAUGACCUGAGUGAGUCAUUCUGAGCUUUAUCUAUGGAUCCAAAGCACAUUUGGGUGGUUUUGCUGGUGCUUGCAUUUAGUGGGUGUGCAUUGUGUUCCAGUGAACAAACGGAUGCAGCAGCACUUCUGAGCUUAAAAAAGAGUGUAGAAAAAGACCCAAGUGGUAUUCUGCAGGGAUGGGAUUCGUCACACGAUCCCUGCUUCUGGCAUGGAGUACGGUGCACAUAUUGGCGAGUCACAGAGGUGGACUUGAGCGGAGCAAGGCUUGUAGGAAUCCUCCCUGCUUCUUUCAGCUCUCUGGACAAGCUGCAGCUACUUAAUCUCUCCGCCAACUCCUUUACUGGCAAUGCUUUCUCUCUCAUAAAGCUUCCUCUGGGUUUGCGCCUUUUAGACCUGUCUUUCAACCAAAUCACGGGUUCAAUCCCAGCAGAAUUCCUCACGACGCACCCCAAACUGAGUUUCCUUAGCCUCUCCCACAACAACCUCACUGGUCUUGAUGUUUUCCAUUCUGACCAGCUGCAAAUCUUGGAUCUGUCUUUCAACAAUUUGUCUGGAGUAAUCUCAGGGCCAGACAAAUUCACAGGCUGUUACAGUCUUGUGUCCCUUGACUUGUCCUCAAACAUGCUUACAGGCUACAUUCCUUCCUCAUUCUCUAGCUGCCUUGCGUUGCAGGCUGUGAAUCUUUCAUCAAACCAGCUAGAGGGAGGCAUACCCGGAUCCUUAGGCGAGCUCACUUCUCUCCAACUGCUUGAUUUAUCCCACAACCAUUUGAGAGGUGCUAUUCCUUCUGAGCUGGGAAAUUGCUGCCAAUCUCUCACAGUCCUCCAGCUCUCGUCCAACAACUUGUCCGGCUCGAUCCCCUCUUCCUUCUCGACAUGCUCUGCUUUGCAGGUUCUCAACUUAGAGAACAACAACAUAUCUGGGCUCUUUCCAGAUUCGAUUCUGGGGAAUCUGAAUGCCCUGGAGAGCCUUCUUUUGAGCAAUAACUAUGUAUCAGGUCCAUUUCCACCCUCUAUCUCUAGCUGCAAGAAGCUCAAGGUGGUGGAUUUCAGCUCCAACAAGCUGUCCGGCUCCUUGCCUCAUUCCAUAUGCCCGGGGGCUGAGGCUCUGGAAGAGCUUAUGCUUCCGGAUAACCUCAUCUCAGGCCAAAUCCCUGUGACCCUGGCUUUUUGCCCCCAGCUGAAGACCAUAGACCUCAGCCUCAACUUUCUCAAAGGUAGCAUUCCUCCGGAGCUGGGAAGGCUUAGCAAUCUGGAACGCUUGAUGAUGUGGUUUAAUGGGCUGGAGGGCAGGAUUCCUCCCGAGCUGGGGAAGUGCAGUCAGCUCAAGAAUCUCAUCCUUAACAACAACUAUCUCACAGGGGAAAUGCCCCAACACCUUGCCAAUUGCAGCAAUCUGGAAUGGAUUUCGCUGACAAGUAACAAGAUCAGCGGAAGAAUUCCCCGACAGUUCGGGAAGCUGAGCAGAUUGGCAAUCCUGCAGCUGGCGAAUAAUAGCUUCAGCGGGGACAUCCCACAGGAGCUGGGCAGCUGCAGCAGUCUGCUCUGGUUGGACUUGAAUAGUAAUAAUCUGAGUGGGACUAUUCCCAAGCAUUUGGGACGGAGAGGUGGUCUCGCUCUUAGUGGGAUUCUUUCGGGCAAUACCCUCGCAUUCGUGAGGAAUAUUGGGAGUUUCUGCAAAGGUGUUGGUGGGUUGCUCGAAUUUGCAGGAAUUAGGCCUGAGCGUCUUCUGCAAGUCCCCACUUUGAAGACAUGUGACUUUACCAGGCUAUACUCAGGCAGUGCUUUGAAUGAUUGGACUCACUAUGUCAGUCUGGAAUAUCUCGAUCUAUCGUAUAACAAUCUGCAGGGAAGCAUUCCUUCAGAAUUUAGUGAAAUGGUGGCCCUGCAGGUGCUUGGUCUCGCCCACAACAAGCUCAGUGGCACUCUUCCUGAAUCUCUGGGACACCUUACAAAUCUGGGAGUCUUUGAUGCUGCGCACAACAAGCUCCAGGGUAACAUUCCGGAAUCCUUCUCCAAUCUUACAUUCUUAGUGCAGAUAGACCUCUCAAACAACGACCUUGUUGGACCUAUUCCUUCCAGGGGUCAGCUUAGCACCCUGCCUGCAUCUCAAUAUGCAAACAAUCCUGGCCUAUGUGGAGUCCCUCUCGCCUCUUGCUCUGCUUCUUUUCCAGGCAAUAACAAUAUAACUGACAAUACCAACAUCCAAAAUUUCAAGAGACCUGCCGCCGCAUCAUGGGCUAAUAGCAUUGUUCUGGGCAUCCUGAUCUCCAUGGCUUCUGUGUGUGUCUUGAUUGUUUGGGCAAUUACUAUGAGAGCCAGGCAGAAGGAAGGAGAAGCAGCUGCCAUUCUCAACACCCUGUAUAACUCAGGCAAUAUUACAACAUGGAAGAUAGGAAAGGAGAAAGAGCCACUCAGCAUUAAUGUUGCUACCUUUGAGAGACCUCUCAGAAAACUCACAUUCUCCCAACUCAUUGAGGCCACCAAUGGAUUCUGUGCAGAAAGUCUGAUAGGAUCUGGGGGAUUUGGGGAAGUCUUCAAGGCCAGCUUACGAGAUGGGUCUGUUGUUGCCAUCAAGAAACUGAUUCGGUUGAGCUACCAAGGAGACAGAGAAUUCAUGGCAGAAAUGGAAACUCUGGGUAAGAUAAAGCACAGGAACCUGGUUCCUCUGUUGGGCUACUGCAAAGUAGGGGAGGAAAGGCUUCUUGUGUAUGAAUAUAUGGAAUAUGGGAGCCUGGAAGACAUGCUUCAUGGGGACAAAGCCAAAACUCUUCUCACCUGGGAUGUAAGGAAACAGAUCGCCAGAGGAGCUGCCAAGGGCCUUGCCUUUCUCCACCACAAUUGCAUUCCUCACAUCAUUCACAGAGACAUGAAGUCCAGCAAUGUGCUUCUGGAUAAGAACAUGGAAGCCCGAGUUUCCGAUUUUGGAAUGGCAAGGCUAAUCAGUGCACUGGACACUCACCUGAGUGUGAGCACACUUGCAGGCACUCCUGGUUAUGUUCCUCCUGAGUACUACCAGAGCUUCAGGUGCACUGCAAAGGGAGAUGUUUAUUCAUUUGGUGUCCUUUUGCUAGAGAUCCUUACUGGGAAGAGACCCACUGACAAGGAAGAGUUUGGUGACAGCAAUUUGGUUGGAUGGGUGAAACUCCAUCUCAACCAGGGGAAGGCCGAGGAGGUCAUUGAUCCAGAUUUGAAGGACAUUGGUGCAGAUUCUGAGGUAUUGCGAUACCUCCAGAUUACAAUGCAAUGCUUGGAGGAUUUUCCCUCUAGAAGGCCUAGCAUGAUGCAAGUGGUUUCUAUGUUCAAAGAGCUCCAUGUUCGUGCAGGUGGAAGCUGAAAUUUUAAUGUAUAAAGUUAAACUAUGCUUCUAGUUUUAUUGUAGAACCUCUAACCAAAAAAUCAAAGUCAGUUUCUCUCUGGUAAAUAUUUCUCCAGCAUUGUAGAGUGUUCAUUAAGAAGGCUUGGAUUUAGUCUAACAUAUUCAGGCUUUGAGGGCAGUAUAAAGAUUUUUAGAGGAAUUCUGUGUAUUUGUAUGUCAUCUACAAAUGACUAGAGUCGUCAAAUAUCUAUCCAUGUAGAUUGUGCAUUAGUAAUUUUCAAUAUAAAUAUAUGAACAUAUGACACUGUUAUCACUUA